GAAGGAGGCAGAAAAGUGUUUAUUUAAAACCUUCACAGUUUACUGUUUAUAUCCUUCUUCUUAUAUACAAAGUUAUAAAUCUUUGCUUAUUUGAUCAGGGUUCCAGCUUUUUUAUUUUCUUGGUUACAAGAUGACUGCCCUCAGUAACAAGAACCACAUGCUUUCUCAUUUAUCAAGGGAGAGAAAGGAGCCACAUCCCACAAUUUUGGGGCUAAAGUCCUGUAAUUGGUGCCAAUUUGCUCAACCCUGAACAACAUCUUGUGGCUAGGGGAACAACGUAGGUUGGGAUUGGGUUAUCUUAACUGGACUAACUUUGGAGAUAAAGGUGAGGUUAAUUUCACCUCAAUUUCUUAGGUGUACUAUGUACAAUGUGGGAAGAGUGGAAUAAAUGCUGGGAUUGCAACUACAGUGUCCAUGAUAAUCACUUUCAAAGCAUAUAUAUAUGUAACAACUAUAUUGUUAGUUGCAGUUAAACUAGAUCUAAGAAUAUGUAAUUGUGUCUGACAUAAUUUUUUAUGUUUGAUUCUUAACAAGUUUUAAGUCCGGCUUCUCACCUGUUCCCUUUUGUAUGAUAUCUGAAUCUAGGCAACUUGAUGAGAAAGCUUGCCCAGAUCCAAAUAUGGUGCAAAAUAGGUGUUUCCUAUUUUGGUGCUGGUGGAAAAUUCGAGCCAUACAGUCCCUGCCCUGUGUGGGCUUUUUCGCCCAAGCGCCAUGUCCUAGCCAUGAAAAAAAUCCCAAUAGCUUUUUCUCCUACUCUCUCAAGUCAUUUUAAAACCUGCUUAGGAAGUCUGCUGUACUCUUCCUAGAAAGGCUCAUUAUGUGAGUAAUAAACCUUUUUAUACCCUGUUGGUGCAUAUGUGGUAUGCUAAGUCUUGAAAUAGGAGCCAAAGUUUGGGUGAGGGUUCAUCUCAUUUCUGUGGGUGACGGCAACAGCACAUAAACUUCAAUGGUAGUUUAAAUUCCUGCAACCUAUCUGCUGUGGUCUGAAUGUUUUUGUCCCCCCACAAUUCAUAUGUUAAACUUAAUCACCAAUGAGAUAGCAUUAGGAGGUGGGGCCUUUGGGAGGUGAUUAAAUCAUGAGGACACAUGCCUCAUGACUAGGAUUACUGCCCUUAUAAAAGAGGCUCCAGAGAGCUGCCCUGUCUCUUCCACCACAUGAGGACACAGCUAGAAGGCAUAAUCUAUGACCCAGAAAGCAGGGCCCCACUAGACAUCCAAUCUGCUGGUGUCUUAAUCUUGAACUUCUUAGACUCCAGACCUGUGAGAAAUAAAUUUGCAUUCAUAAGCUACCCAGUAUUUUUCUAUAGCAGCCUGAACAAACUAAGAUACCAUCAUUGUAGUGUUUCAUUAUUCUUAUCACCAAGUGCCCAAUCUUCCUCUUGAUGACUACAGCCAGAAACCUGGAAUAUAUCUUCAAUUCUUUCUUCUUCUUUCUUCUUACUCCUCUUUUUUAAUUUUUUUUGAAAGGGUCUUGCUCUGUCAUCCAGCUGGAAUGCAGUGGCACAAUCACAGCUCACUGCAGCCUCCACCUCCCAGGCUCCAGUGAUCCUCCUACCUCAGCCUCCCACAUUGCUGGGAUUACAGGUAUAAGCCAUUGUGACUGGCUUCUUUCCUCCUUUUUUGUUGGCCAUGUGCCUUUUAAAUCCUUUCUGCCAAUUUCAUGGGUACCAUCUCGGCUCAGGCAGUCAUUAAUUCCUCAUUUUAGUUAUUUUAUGUUUUCUAUCUGGUUUAUUUGUUUUUCUAGUCUUGGCCCCAUCUCUCCUACCCAAUAAUCCUUCCUCUAUACUGCUGCUGAAGUAAUUCUUCUCCAACCUUGCUUAACUAAUUCAGCAAUUUCCCAUUACCUUCAGGAUACAGUUCAAACUCCUUAACACAGUUUACAAAACUCUUCAUCAUCUUACAUCUACAUUUCCCAUUUCUCCUGCUGCAUACCUGCAUACCACAAUGUUUGCUUCUAUGGUAUGCUUACCUGCAAAAUAUACUUACCUCCACAGUUCAUAGACAAGGAAAUAUAUACAAAGGUAUAUGUUCCUUUUUCUGGAGCAUACUCAUGUCUUUCCUUAGCUUGGUCAAUUCCAGUAGAUUCUUCAAGACUAAUCUUGAGCUUUGAUACAUUCUAUGAGAAGUACUUCCUGUUUAACCUAGGCUGAGUGAGGUGUUCUUUCUCCACAUUUUAGCAAUAACCUUUAUUUCAGUGUUUAUUAUCACUGUAAUAUCUGAUUUGAUUGUAUAUUUUUCUAGAUGUGAUUCUCUUAAGGGCAGGCACCAUGUUUUUCAUCUCAGAAGGUCACAAACUAUUAGGAAAAGGGGCUUGCAGAUACAUGUACAACAAAGAAUAAUAAUUGAAGAUGGCUCAUGGAAAAAGUAUUCUGAAAAGUAAGAGAGGCACAUGUUCUAGAAGAGACAAGAAAAGGCAUAAUAGAGAAAUUAGAGCCCUCAUACAUUGCUGGUAAGAAAGUAAAAUGGUACAGCCACUUUGGAAAACAGUCUGGUAGUUCCACAAGGGGUUAAACAUAGAGUUACCAUAUAACCCCGCAAUUCCACUCUUAGGUAUAUAUCCAAGAGAAAUGAGAACAUAUGUUGACACGAAAACUUGUACAUGAAUGUCAACAGAAGCAUUAUUCAUAAUAUUCAAAAAGUAGAAACAACCCAACUGAUGAAGGGACUUUGAAAACAUGUUAAGUGAAAGAAGCCAGUCACAAAAGACCACACAUUGCAUGAUUCCAUUUAUAUGAAAUGUUCAGGAUAGACAAAGGCAUACAGACGGAAAGUGGAUUACUGGUUGCCUAGGGCUGGGGAGAGGAGGGAGAAGUUGGGGCCAAAGGGUAUGGGGUUUCUUUUGGGGGCUGUGAAAAUACUCUAAAAUUGAUUGUGGUAAAGCAUGCAUAACUCUGUGAAUAUACUUUAAUCAUUGAACUGUUUAUAAAGAAAAAGAUUACUGUGGGGAAGGAAGAAAGAUUUCAUGGAGUUGGUAGGAUUUGAAUUCACUGAUAAAUAAGUGAUAUAAAAAGCAAAGUGAUGUGCUAUAGUGAAUAAACAAGCCCUUCUGUUGGGCACAUCUGGCUUUAAAUCCACUUGGUCAAUUUACACUUCCUAAAUCUGUAACCUCAUCUAAAGUGUAAAUAUAUUAAUAUACCUACUUUGUAAAAUUAUUGUGGUAAGUUAUAUAUGGGAUUUAAAAUAUUUAAUCUAAUGCCAGGCACAUAGCAAAUAUUAACAAUAAAUAUUAGUUACUUAUUAUAAAUCUGUUUAGUAUGGAAUACAGUUUAGUAUUGAAUAUCGGGACAGAGUGAACAUGUAAGUACAUCAAUGGGAAGGAACUCCCAGAAACUUAUCUGGUUUCCAGCAGAAAGAGAUAUGAGAGACAAAAUAAUAUAAAGGUAACCUUACUAAGUUUAAGAAAUAUUUAUGAAUACCUUUUUUCUAACUACUAGACACUUUGCUAGACUGCUGGAUACACAAAGACAAAUGAGAAGUGAGUAGAUUGCUGGAUAUACAAGUGAGAAGUGGUCCUUGACUUCGUAGUCUAGUAGACAGAUAAAAAAAUAUGUGUAAGAAAGCAUUAUAUUUCUUACAAUAGAAAUGUUUUUUGUAUGCAUAAACAAGGGGGUGGGCUGGAAAAAUAAUGUAGUCAAGGUGACUUGCUCAAUACUGAAACUGCUCAUUAACUACUUAGGCCAGCACUUACGGCACACUUGUCAGGAUGCCUUGCUAAUAUUUUCCGCUUCCAGUACAGAACAGAGAUUACAGGUUUAAGCCAAUUUUGUUCAACAGAUGAGAAACCCAGUGUCCAAGGAUGAAAGAAUACUUGUUAUACAAGGAAUGUGAAUAUUCCAGAGAUUUAUGCUCAAAGUCCCCAGGUUAGUGUCUUUCUUUCUCACUAGACUGUAAGCUUCUUGAAGACAAAUAUCUUGAGUGUUACCUUGUUCACUCUUGAAUUGUCAAAACUUGGCCCAGGACUAGGUAUGUGGUAUACAAUCAAUAAAAAAUUGUUGAAUGAAUGUUCUUCAAAAUCCUUCCAUGGCAAAAACAGAAGAAACAUUCACGAGUGGACUGCUAGUUGACUGUUUCUCUCAUCGCUAUUGACAGUCUGAAAUGGACAAAGACAUCUAUAUAAUCAUUCCUUCCUUUCAAAUAAAUAAUCUGUGAAUUACGCUAUUCUUCUCCUAUUGCUUCAGGACAAGCUAUUUGACAGAAAGCUUUUAAGAAAGGCUUUGCAAGAAAACUCUGCAACAGAGAUGGCACGUAUGAAUUGCUGUAAUCUGGAGUUGAAGACAAGAACAAAAGUAACUCUAGAGCAGAAUUCUUUGACCGAAGUCAUCUUACUGGUUGGCGGAGGCUCUCAGUCUACUUGCAUCCGGUGCUUGUGAGUUCAGACAGGCAAAGAUGAGACGUAGCAUCUAGUCAACAUCCAUUUCUUGAGCACUUACUACAUGUCAGCCACUUUGCUUAGUCCCUGGUUUUACUAUACUCUGCUUGGAAGUGGUGAAGAGAUUUGGCGGGAUCUUCUUAGGACCAAUCCUACAAAGUUCCAGAUGGAACUCAUUUUGAUUUGGGGGACGGUUUAUUUGCAGGGAUUAGGUGGAGAAACAGGGCCUGCUACUCAAGAGGAAUGAGAAACUGUAACUAACAGGAGGUAGACUUGGAAGGAGCAUGGCAAAGUCACCCCUUUUCACAGGGCAACUCUCCAAAGACCACGCUCAAGCUGGGGUGGCAGGGCUCUGAAAAUGGGGCCCCGACCCGGGCCUCGGCCUGGGGCCACGUGACGCGCGUGUUUACGUUGAGUGACGGGCGCUGUGUUGGGCGGGCCUUGGCGGAAAUCAACUUCCGGGGGCAGAGGUGUUCGAAGCCGGGUGGUGCGUGGGCUACCCAAACCUGUGUGGCUGGGCCGCGGUCUCCUCUCAAGGGCCUGGGGCCGUGCCUCGGGUGUACGCGUAGGGGGUCUGUGUGCUGGGGGUGGCUCGCCGGGAAGCGUAGGUGAGCGGCGCAGCGGCGGCAGCGGAGAGCGAGAGAGGGGAGCAGGUGCCACUUGAAGAAUGGAUGAUGACGAUUUUGGUGGUUUUGAGGCUGCGGAGACUUUUGAUGGUGGAAAUGGUGAAACCCAGACAACAUCUCCUGCUAUUCCUUGGGCUGCCUUUCCUACAGUAUCUGGAGUCCAUCUUUCACCAUCUUCUCCUGAGAUUGUACUGGACCAUGACCACUCUUCUGCCAUUGGCUGCCUCUCUUCUGAUGCCAUUAUUUCAUCACCAGAGAAUACACAUGCAGAGAAUAGCAUUGUGAGUCAAACUAUUCCAAAAGCACAGAUUCAGCAAUCAACACACACUCAUCUGGAUAUCUCACUUUUUCCAUUGGGUUUAACUGAUGAAAAAAGUAAUGGAACAAUUGCCCUUGUGGAUGAUUCUGAGGAUCCUGGAGCCAAUGUAUCUAACAUACAGCUUCAGCAAAAAAUUUCAAGUCUGGAGAUUAAACUCAAAGUAUCUGAAGAAGAAAAACAGAGAAUUAAACAGGAUGUGGAAUCAUUGAUGGAAAAGCAUAAUGUCUUAGAAAAAGGCUUUCUAAAAGAAAAAGAGCAAGAGGCCAUUUCUUUUCAAGAUAGAUACAAAGAACUUCAGGAAAAACAUAAACAAGAAUUGGAAGACAUGAGGAAAGCUGGUCACGAAGCCCUCAGCAUUAUUGUGGAUGAAUAUAAGGCACUACUGCAGUCUUCAGUUAAGCAACAAGUAGAAGCUAUUGAAAAACAGUACAUUUCUGCAAUUGAGAAACAGGCACACAAGUGUGAGGAGUUGCUAAAUGCUCAGCAUCAGAGGCUCCUUGAAAUGCUAGAUACAGAGAAGGAACUGUUAAAAGAAAAAAUAAAGGAAGCUUUGAUUCAGCAAUCUCAAGAACAGAAGGAAAUAUUGGAAAAGUGUUUGGAGGAAGAAAGGCAAAGAAAUAAAGAGGCAUUAGUAUCCGCUGCAAAGCUUGAAAAAGAAGCAAUGAAGGAUGCAGUUUUAAAAGUCGUAGAAGAAGAAAGAAAAAUUUCGGAAAAAGCGCAUGCUGAAGAAAGGGAAUUAUGGAAGACGGAACAUGCAAAAGAUCAAGAAAAAGUAUCUCAGGAAAUUCAAAAAGCUAUACAAGAACAAAGAAAAAUAAGUCAGGAAACUGUUAAGGCAGCAAUAAUAGAAGAGCAGAAACGAAGUGAAAAGGCUGUGGAAGAGGCAGUGAAAAGAACAAGAGAUGAAUUGAUAGAGUAUAUAAAAGAACAGAAAAGGCUCGAUCAAGUCAUCCGCCAAAGAAGCCUGUCCAGUUUGGAACUGUUCCUCUCCUGUGCACAGAAACAGUUAAGUGCUUUAAUAGCUACGGAACCAGUUGACAUUGAAUAAAAAGAACAUGACAAACCCACACUGGCAUUGGAUAAAUCAUAUUACACCUUAAAAUACACACUCUGAAUUAUAAAGAUGUGUUUGUUUUCUUUCCAAAUCAUGUAGAAUUGAUUUCCAGUUCAAGGAUAAACCAAAACAAUAUUUAGAACUAUCAAGUGAUCUAAUUUAUUUUCUUUUGGUUUCUUCUUUACAUUUACUGUUAUUUUAUUAGUAGUAGUAGUAGCGGCAACAGAGUAUGAUAUGACCCAAAAGCCAUUGUAAAGUGCCACAUUAACAAAAUUAAUUAAGUAAACUUUAUAGCCUGUGGGAGUCUAUUAUAUAUUAUUUUGCAAAAGUAGUAAAUAUAUUAUUGUUUCAUGAUGACUUUUGAUGAGAUGCUAGAAUGUAACCAUACAUUUAUCUUAUUUUGAGGAUAGAAAUAGCAUGGAUUUCAACAUCACUUAUUUAUCUGUAUAAUUGGAAAUAAAACACCAAUAUGAUAGAGAAUCAUUCCGGCAUUACCUAACCUCUUCUGCAGUUGGAUCUAUGUAUUUUCAUUGGUCUACUGAAAACAAACAAUACAAUUAAAAGCACUAAAGAUUAUUAUAUUAAUUCAACUUUGAUCUGAUAUAUCACUUAAACUAAAGGGGUGUGUGUGAUAUAUGCUUGUUUCCUAUUUCUGCUCUUUAAAGGUACUUUGAAUCAAUAAAACCAUUAGUCUACAAAUCAAAUUGUGAAUUUAAUCUCUAGAAAGAGAAUAUAACUCAGCCAUUUGUAGGAAUUUAGGUUCAAGUACAGGAUAUAUGAAAUCUUUUCCCAGUAUUUCAGAAUGUACUUAAUUCACAGGCAGGAUGUUUCAAUGCAAAAUCAUGAAUAUUUUUAAUUCAAAACUAAAAUGUCAUUAAUAUGUAUGUAUGCAAAUGUUUUAUCUUAUUUUCUGAAAUGCAUCUACUUUCAUGGGCUUUGUACUUUUCUGAGAUUUCUCAGUGUAAUAAAAAGAGCUCCCAAACUUA